UGGUGGUGGCGGCGGCGGCAGCGACGGCGGCGGCGGCAUGAGGCGCGGGGCCGGUGGCCGCGGGAGGGAGGCGCUGCCCGCGGCCCGGUCGCUCCCGCUGCAGCUGCUCGCCGGCGCGCUGUACCCUGCCAGCUGGGCCUCGGCCGCUCUCGUCUCGGCCGCCUCCCGGGCCGCCGCUGGUGACCACUCGCCGCGCCGCCGGAGGCUUCACCCGCGCCCUCCCUCAGGACGCGCCCGCGAAGCUCGGGCCCCUUCGCCUCGGACCCGAAGGCCGCGCUGCGCCGGGCGGCGGCGAGGCCGGAAGAUGGCCUGGGUGCUCAAGAUGGACGAGGUGAUCGAGUCUGGGCUGGUGCACGACUUCGACGCCAGCCUUUCGGGCAUCGGGCAGGAGCUGGGCGCCGGCGCCUACAGCAUGAGCGAUGUGUUGGCAUUGCCCAUUUUCAAGCAGGAAGAUCCCAGCCUUCCCCUGGAUGGUGAAACCAAACACCCUCCCUUUCAGUAUGUGAUGUGUGCUGCAACAUCGCCAGCAGUGAAACUGCAUGAUGAGACCCUUACUUACUUGAACCAAGGUCAGUCUUAUGAAAUUCGGAUGCUGGAUAAUCGGAAAAUGGGAGAUAUGCCUGAGAUCAGUGGAAAAUUAGUAAAGAGCAUCAUAAGGGUUGUAUUCCAUGACAGACGGCUACAGUAUACAGAGCAUCAACAACUUGAAGGUUGGAAGUGGAAUCGCCCAGGAGACAGACUUCUUGAUUUAGAUAUUCCAAUGUCUGUGGGAAUUAUUGACACAAGAACAAAUCCAAGCCAGUUAAAUGCUGUGGAAUUUCUGUGGGACCCUGCAAAACGCACAUCUGCUUUCAUUCAGGUACACUGCAUCAGCACAGAAUUUACUCCACGGAAGCAUGGAGGUGAAAAGGGAGUGCCUUUUAGGAUCCAGGUUGACACCUUUAAGCAGAAUGAAAAUGGGGAAUACACAGAUCAUCUUCACUCAGCUAGCUGCCAAAUCAAAGUUUUUAAGCCUAAAGGUGCAGAUAGGAAACAAAAAACUGAUCGAGAAAAGAUGGAGAAGAGGACAGCACAUGAAAAAGAAAAGUAUCAGCCGUCCUAUGAUACCACAAUCCUCACAGAGAUGAGGCUUGAGCCUAUAAUUGAAGAUGCAGUUGAACAUGAGCAGAAAAAGUCCAGCAAGCGGACUUUGCCAGCAGACUACGGUGAUUCUCUGGCAAAGCGAGGCAGUUGUUCUCCGUGGCCUGAUACCCCCACAGCCUAUGUGAAUAACAGCCCUUCCCCAGCGCCCACUUUCACCUCCUCACAGCAGAGCACGUGCAGUGUCCCUGACAGCAAUUCUUCUUCCCCAAAUCACCAGGGAGAUGGAGUUUCACAGACAUCUGGUGAACAAAUUCAGCCUUCAGCUACAACCCAGGAAACACAACAAUGGCUGCUCAAAAACAGAUUCUCUUCCUACACAAGACUGUUUUCUAAUUUUUCAGGUGCCGACUUAUUAAAGCUGACAAAAGAGGAUUUAGUUCAAAUUUGUGGUGCAGCCGAUGGAAUUCGGCUCUAUAACUCACUGAAAUCAAGGUCAGUUAGGCCCCGUUUAACCAUCUAUGUCUGCCAGGAGCAGCCGCACGCUGCAGGCAGUGGAGGCGAGAGUGGCGGUGGGACACCCUAUGUUUAUCAUGCAAUCUACUUGGAAGAAAUGGUUGCCUCAGAAGUUGCUCGAAAACUUGCAUCGGUGUUUAAUAUUCCUUUCCACCAAAUUAACCAGGUUUACAGACAGGGUCCCACUGGUAUUCACAUUCUUGUUAGUGAUCAGAUGGUUCAGAACUUUCAAGAUGAGAGUUGUUUUUUAUUCUCCACAGUAAAAGGUACUUUGUGUAUGUGUGUGUGUGUCUUGAAAUGUUGCAGUCACGAAAGAUAGUGUGUAUCUCUUCUUGAUAGCCCUUUUGUGUGCUUAUUCUUAAAAAUGCCAUCUUUACUAAUUUUGAGAGAGUUUGAGAAGUGGAUGAGCAGAAUAUUUUUAAUGGUUGUAAUAGAAAUUAGCAAAUAAGGAAGAGGAGUCAUUCUUUUAGAUGACUGAAAAAAAGAGUCUGCUUAUUCAGCCAACUUUAUUGAGCAUUUUUCUACCAGACAUCAUGCUAUUAGUGUUUGAAGGGUCUUAAGUAAAACAAGGGUCCAUGGAACUCUAACUCUCCUGGAGAAAGCAAACCAGAUUGGCCACAGAUACACAAAACUACUAAUAUUUUAAGUGCCAUGAUGGAAUAGGAAAGUGAAGUGUUAUUAAGGGGCUCUUGGAUGGGGGGAAUAUAGAGCUGUUAGGAAAGGCUUCCCUGAUGUGGUAACUUAAAAAAUGAGGUGCUGGCCAUAGCAAUAGUGUCCCAUUGCAGUGAGGAGCUGUGUACAAAGGGAUGCGCUUGGCUUCUGCUAAGGCCUGGAACAAUCCCUGCAGCGGCCCUGCAAGGUCUAAGGGUGAGCAGAGCAAGAUGGUUCAAGGUGGGAGGCAGGGUCUGGCAUGCCGGCUGGAGAUUUUAUUUGAAAUGCAUUGGAAAGUCAGUGAAGUUGAUUAAACAAAGGAGUAAUGCAACUAGAUUUUUCUUCUACUCUCUCAACUCUGUGGAGACGGAUGUGAAGGUGGCAAAACUGGAGGCAGGAGAUUCUUCCAGGCGAGACGUAAUGGGUCUUACAGAUUUAUGGACAGGGGCCACUGGGCUCCACAUUUGAGGGAAGAGUAGUUGUAACUGCAGGUGUUUGUUGAGCAACUGGGCAGGUGGUGGCCUCAUCAAAGAGGUAAGUAAGGUUGGGUAAAACAAGAGCUCUGUUUUGGAUAUGUCAAGUAGGCAGUUAAUUGUUUCAUCCUGGGACCCAAAGAGAUGUAGACUUGAGAUGUAAAUUUGGGAAGCCUUCAUUACCAGCAGUUAGUCAAAGCUGUGGAAGUUGUUGAGGUCAUUUAGAGGAAGAUGCUGUGUGUUACUAUUUUCUAGUAGUCACUCUAGAAAAGAGUGGCCCUAAACAGUGUUAAAAUUAAUUCUCCUUUGUGCUUGAUGUAUUUACCUGUACCAUCAAGUUACUGCAGUUCUGAAGUGAUGUUUUAUGUACACUGAGCUAUAUUUACUUACCUGCAGGGCUGUCUUAAUUGAACUAACUGACUUUCAGAAAUAUCUUAAGCUUAGUACUUUUCAGCUCAGUCUCUUGUUCUAAAAGCUAAACAAUUUUUGCUUGGUGCAAUUCAUUGUCUAAAAACAAACUCAUACUGUAAUCAUGUAGUUGUUUCGAAACUCGUAUACAUUUCUGGCCUCAAACAUCAUAGGAUUUACUCUCCAGUCUCAGACAGUGACCACAUGAAAACCUUCAUUUCUGCCUUUGUGAAUGCCUUCAUUGCUUUUUACUGAAGCUGUCAGGCAAAAAUUAGCGAUGUUUUUAAAAUCAAAUUUACCUCUGAGGAGUUUAAAUUUUUGCAUCCUCAGGUUCUCUGUACGUUUUGUUCAGGCUUCACUUGUCCUCUGCUCUCGCAUAGUGCUUUGACCUGUUCUGCCUCCAGUGCACUCUUGCUUCUGUGUUCUGAUAGACCCCCACCCUGCCCUGUAGAACAGGCAAGCAGUGCGGCAGCAGGGCCCUGACAGGAGACAGCCAAGCUUCAGAGAGCAAAGUGUCAAACAGGAUGUGUACAUGAAAUUGUCUAAGGAAAGAAGAGCUAGAGCAAACUAAUCAGCCCUUUUCUGUAAAAUUAGUUAAAAGCAACCUUUGAAUUGGGUGGGGUGUUACAGAUUUCAGAGUUUUAGAUUCAACAAUUUGCUAAGCUUGGUUAAAAAAAGAUUUUAACUUUCUUUUUGCAGCUGAAAAUAAUGAUGGUAUCCACAUAAUUUUGAAGUGAUAUCUUACAGAGACUGAACUAUUAUUCAGUACCAAAUAAAGUCACGCUUAAAAGUGUGUGAAGACUGAAUCCAAGGAGUCUUGGGAUUGGAUUUUACCAUAAGAAAUGUUUCAUAUUGAAAACACAAGAUGACCUUCCUAAUGAGCUGUAUGACAGGCAAAUCUCCUCACUGUCACUGCCAUAGCCAAGCAUCCUCAUGAGAGUGAGCACAUUGGGCAGCGUGCAUCCCAGCUCUGGAGGCCAUGACACAGGCGCAGCUGCCUGCUCUUCUGGCAGAGGCCAGUAGACAACAGUUUGCAGAAGCAGCCUUUCCUGGCUUUUUACACUGUAUGCAGUUUAGAAAUGAAUGUUUAAAAAGAAACUUAUUGUGGGCAUUUACCUUUCUGUGCCAGUUUGGCUUUUAUUUCCUGACCUUUGUGCUGACCUGGGGUGGAGAUGGGGAAUGCUGUUCUAGAGCCAGAAUGGAAUCUGUCUGCGUGAGAUGCACUGUGCUGACGAGGCAGUUGGUGGUCAGGUAAGAGGCUCCACACCUUCUCAGAAGCAAUCAUGUCUGAGGGUGUACGUACGUCUGAUGGGAUCAAAUAGACUGGGAAGCUCCAAGGCGACAGAUGGGCUUGAAGCAAACUGCAUUAUCAGAAGUACCUUGGUGAGAGGAUCAGUGUAAAUCCUAAUAGGUACAAAGACUUUUGUGUUUUUGCUUUGUCACAGAUUUAUUGAAAACUUUUUUGCUUCUGCUUCCAUUUUUAGUGUUUUAGCUUCUGGUUUUCAUUUUUUGAAGCUUCCUUGCCUUUUAAACUUUACGUGGUUUUCUUUUCUCAUUCUCCUCCCACACCCCCAAUUCCUGAUCUUUAAACAUCUUGUUUGUGUUUUGAGACAGAGUCUCACUGUGUUGCCCAGGCUAGCCUUUAACUCCUGGGCUCAUACCAUCCUUCUGCCUCAGCCUCCUGAGUAGCUGGGACUACAGGUGCACACCUCUGCACCUGGCUCUGUUCUUAAACAUGUUUAAAGACCUCCCCCAAACAUUAGAAAUAAGUAAUGUGACUAGGGGGAACAGAGUAUUAUUAGUAGCUUCUGACUAGGUGUUAAGGGAUCUUUGCUAUGAACAAGAUGAAAUUACUCAUGGAAACACUAGAUAUCAUAAAUCUAGAUAUCAUAAAUCAAACACUAAAAUACAAAAGCCCUUAGUUAUCUCCUCAAAUACUGAGCUUCAGUACAAUCAUGGAGAACAUUCUGGUGAUUAUUUAGGGGCUUUUAAAAAAUAAGACCACAUCAUGGCUUCUUUUUCUAUCGAAACUGUGCCUCUUUCAUAAAAUCAAAUGUAUUCUAUUAGCAUACUUUUUCCAAAGGAAAUCCAUUGCCUAUCCUCUUCACUUCACUCAGAACCUUCCCAGAAUUCAUCAUCAAGCAUUUUUAGGCCUGUGAUGUAUCAGACUGAGGUUUUUGUUUUUUUAAACUUAAUGGUAGCAUCUCUAUCCAUUUACUCUGUUGUUUUGGCUUUGAAUGUACUAUUUGAUCCUCUUCUUUGUUCAGGUGGAAAUAGGAAUGAUUAAGUUUGAAAUCUCUCCCAGAAGACAAACUUCAGUGUGUAAAAGUUUUGACAUUUUAUGUUUUAUUCAUAAAGUGGGUUAAUUAUUUGCUACAAAGAAGCACUGUCUCAAUAUUUUCAUCUUCAGUUUGGAAAUAUCUGUAACUCCUGUAGACGCUUUAGGAGAGCUUUCCUUUCUGUCCUUUAUCCUUUGCUUUUGUGUGACCACAAGUUUUCUGUACCAGUCACUUGGGAAAGAAGUGAACUUCUCUCUUGUUUUAGAGUUUGCUUGUCUAUUUAGCAUUCCUUUUUGGGUCUCAUGAUUUAUGGAACAAUAAAUGUCACUUAAUGCUGUGUGCUAUUUUGAAUUCCUUACCAGGUUUUAGAAGUGGAGUGAAAAUACUCAUAGCUCAUCAAACUUGAAAUUACACUGAGCAGCAUAAAACAUUAGUCCCAAUAAAACAGGUUAAAUAAAUUGUGGCACCAGCAAAUUUGCUACUUUGUUUUUUUAAUAGUAGGAUGUACAAGUUCAGUAUAAUAAAUGUUUUCCGAUUGUUUUGUAAAUGUGUCUCAUUUAAAAUCUCAGUUUAUACUAGUGUCACCUCAAGUCACAUGAUCACAGGGCUUUACUGUGUAUGUCCUGAAUAUACCCCAGUCUCAAAAGCUGAUGCAGAUAAGAAUGGGUUAUCCCAGAGGCUCAAACCCACUAAAGCUACACUCUGAGCUCAGCAACUGGGUUUUCUUACAAGAGGUUUUCCUAGUCUGUAAAUGAGGUCAUACAGCAUUGAGUCCAAGUCCAGUAGCUGUGAUAGGUCAUAGGCUCAAAAGACAUGGUAUAUAGGAGGUUCUGG